UUAUAUUCAGGUAUUUUUCCAGCAUUGCCCAAAUCUCAAGGAAAUUUGCAGGUCUCCAUCAAACGCUUGUUUGAAGCUUGGUGGGAUAAGGGAUUAGAAGGGAAAGAAGAGUUGGGAAAAACCGUUUUCAUUAUGCUUUUGGAGAAUAGUUUACUGACAAAAAGCAAGGCUGUUGAUGUGAUUCAGCUGUGGCAUUUCCAUGAAGCUCUACAGAGUUUUGAGUUCAAUUCUGAAGAGAGCAAUCAAGUGAAAGACCUCUUGCUUCAAUGUUUCAUGAGUGUUAACCACAUGAAAAAGGAAGAGGGUCGGAGAUUUUUAAGUUUCUUAUUCAGCUGGAAUGUGGAAUUCAUCAAAAUGAUCCAUGGAACCAUUAAGAAUCAGCUGCAGUUUCUCCCAAAGUCAAUGAUUGUCCAUGUCGCUGAAAUAUAUUUCAGAGCUUGGAAGAAGGCAUCUGGAGUGUGUUUAGAGACAAUUGAACACGGCUGCAUUCAAGAUUUCAUGCAUCAUGGAAUUCAUCUUCCCUGGAAAUCGCCAGUUCACUCCAAAGUGCGAGAAUUAUUAAGCUACCUCCAUCAACAGAAGCUGCGUCAGGGUGUGGAUGAAAUGUUAUACCACUUAUACCAACCUAUUCUAUGGCGAGGAUUAAAGGCCACAAAUUCUGAGGUACGGGCAAAUGCUGCGAUUCUCUUUGUUGAAUCUUUUCCACUUCGAGAUCCUGGACUAUACAACGAGGAAACAGACAUUGACAUCCAAAGGCAGUUUGAGGAGCUUUUUAACCUUUUGGACGAUCCCCACCCUCUGGUGCGUUCCACUGGUGUCCUUGGUGUAUGUAGAAUCGCUGGAAAGUAUUGGGAGAUGAUUCCUCCUUCGAUCCUCACUAAUCUUCUAACCAAAGUUCUCUGUGAUCUCUCUGCUGACACAAGUUCUGCUGAUGUCCGUUGUUCUGUCUUUAAGUGUUUGUCAGUCACCUUGGACAAUAAAAUGAGCCACCCUUUGUUGGAGCAGCUUCUGCCAAGAGUGAAGAACAGUCUCCAUGACAACUCAGAAAAAGUCCGAGUAGCCUUUGUUGAUUUGUUGCUGAAAAUUAAAGCGGUCAAAGCUGCAAAGUUUUGGAAGAUCUGCCCUAUGGAGCAUCUUCUCGCCAGGCUGGAGCUCGAUGCACGUCCUGCUGCAAGACGGAUUGUUAACCUAUUAUUUAACUCCUUCUUUCCUGUGACUCAAACUGAAGAGGUCUGGUGUGAGCGCUGUGUCACCUUAAUACAAAUGAAUCCCAUGGCAGCAAGGAAGUUCUAUCAGUAUGCACACGAGCACACUGCACCAACUAAUAUUGCUAAGUUGAUGCUUGCGAUUCGCCGCUGCCUGACUGCUUGCAUCCAGAGGGCAACUUGUAAUGAAGACAGUGAUGAUGAGCAAUCAAAGGAAAAUAUCAGUGUGCUGGAUACUGUGCUGUCUGUGGCCGAUAGCUCCACAAUGGCCAGUUUAAUAGAAAUUAUUGUCAUUUUAUGGCGGAGCAUCAACAAAGCACUAAAUGAAAAUAAAGAAGCCAAAACCUACACUAUUAGGAAGUUUGCAGCUGUACUACCUGAAUAUCUCAAGAAUUUCACGGAUGACAGUUGUACUGUUCCCUUAGUGACUCUGGCUUCCUUUAUGCCGGCAUCAGCGGUUCCCACUUUCAGUUGUGGAGUCCUUUCAAAGCUGAGAAAUUUGGAUAAAGGUGCUGAAGAGAAGAAGUAUUCUUCACUGAUAGACUGCCUGUGUCAGUGGGGGAAGGUUGGACACGUGCUUGAGCUGAUCACUGACUGGGUGUCUGAGGGACUUCCCCAGAAGACCAAAAAGGUUUCUCAGCGGACGGUACGGAUCCAGGAUAUUGCAGAACCCAAACUGGAACUUGCUUUACAUUUUUUGGAGUACGUGCUAACGCACAUUAAGAAUCGGGAGUGCUUAUUAGCUGCACCACAAGAAAGGCUCAACCAGCUUCUGAAAGCUCUAGGAGCCGUUACGGAGGUCCUGUAUUCAUUCUUGAUAACUCCAGAGGUCUGUAACAUAAACAGAGAUACAGCUCUUCAAGCAUUUAGUCUGCAAUGUCGAUUGACUGUUCAUUUUCAGAAUAAGUUUUGUGCCGAAGGAAGAAUGUGUCUUGUAGCUCUGGAAGAGUGUGCUGAUUGGGUACAAGAGAAAAUACUGCCGUUUCUGGAGGAUUCAGAGAAGCAUCAAAGUGAGAUUGCGAGACAAGUGCUUGAAGUUUACCUUUUGGUCUGUAAGGAUAUUUUCAUGAUCGGGCUCUCCGAUUCAGAAUUCCAGGUCCAACUGCUUGGCCUCGCUAUGGCUGUGAUACACUCAGAGAAAGGGAUCUUGUGCUUGCCAACAAUAUUGUCCAUCCUAAAUGAGAUCGCAAUGGGCUGCCUGGUCCAGAACGCUGACGACACCAAGGAAAAAACUAAAGAUAUUCUUGACAUGGUUCAGAAAGUUUUCCACAAAAUUCUGGAAAUUCUGGCACGAAGAAUAAGAAAGGAUCAAGAUCAAGCUGUGCAGAUUCUUCAGUCUAUUCAAUUUGCUCUUGGAGAAUUCAUUAAUACCAUACAGUGCUGGCAUGGUGCCAAUGAGGCAAUUCACCGUGAAGUGCUUUCAACUCUGUUGGCUGCUGUAUUGGCAGAAAUCAUUCAUUCUCUACAGAAGAAAUCUGAUCUGCAAGACCUCGUUCCACCUGAGACCGUGGCUGACCUGCCAUCACUUUCAAGCUGCUUAAUGUCCGUUGUCCUGAAAUUCCCUGGUCUGAUCAGAUCAUUUCUAAAUGAAUUAACAGAGUGCCUCAAUUCUGAAACCAUACAAAAAGUUGUGCAGAUGGUGGCCGCUCUCCAUAUCCUUCUCAUACUCCGGAGUGGUAAACUGAAGCUAGCAGCAAUAAAGGACACAGCAGCAAUCAUUCAUAGAAAUUUUCAAAAAUAUAAUGAAAUGGAAUCCAGUGACAUUGAACGUGCCUUGUUCAAGCCUUCAUGCAAACUUCUAGAGAAUCUCUUACUCCCAUGAACGAACAUAGCAUCAGCGGAUUCUUCACAAUUUUCUUUUCUGCGUAACAUUUUGUAAUGCAUCCAAGCAGUAAAAUCUUGUUAUUUCAAUUUUUGCAAUACUAUUUUUAAGUAGAAGAAUAUAUUUCUAAUUUGUACAAAUGGGAGCCUACUCUGAUGUAAUUUGAAAUAAUGUUUGGUUCACCUAUUUAUCGAACCCAGUUGGUUGUCAGUGGCACUCAGAAUGCAUAAGAAAAUGUUACCUGGAAGGACCUGUUAACUGCCUGUAUUUUUGUAAAUCAAUUUGUUUAUUUGUUGAAUUGUUGAACACUGAGGAAUAACAAUAAUCCUUAAUAAUCCUUCCAUUUAGCAUAGAGCCUUUCACAUCAGGAGGACGUCCCAUAGAGCGUUACAGAAUUUGUGAAGUGCAGUGACUGAUUUUGUAGGAAAAUUGUCAUUUGCACACACACUGUCCCAUGAAGUGAGUGACCAAUUUUAUUUGGGCGACAUGAGGAGAAACUCUUCUCGAGCAUUGUCAUGGAAUCUUUAGCAAGUGAGAGGACCCGGAUUCGAUUCCCGGGCGGGUCAGGGCAAAACCUUAAGCAAGUUUUGUUGCUCCACAUACACGGCUUUGCUUUCCUAGCAGUAAGUAAGAAACCAACUUGUUAGUCAAUUGGCAAAUUGCUUUUCAGGGGUAAUAAUUCCUUCAAAGAAAAUAACAAUUUGGUCACUCAAUCCACGAUUGUUCUUGGGACACUGCUGUGUACGAUUGGCUGUCACGUUUCACCCAUAUAAUAGUCACUACGCUUUACAGAAUAUUUUGUGAAGUGCUUUGAGACGUCUCGAAGACAUGAUAAGGCUCUGUAUCAGAUGCAAGGAUUAUUAUUAUUCACCUGAACAGGCACAUGGGACCUUGGUUUGACGUCUCAUCUGAAGAACAGAUGAACCAUAAUCCUGGCCUUUGUAUGCAUUUUCCAGUAAUAUCGUGUAAUGCAAAAUAAUAGAUGAAAUUGUACAAAAUGAGAAUUUAACUGAACAUAAAACUUUAUGUGAAAAAAAACAAACCUGAUAUUGUAACAAACCAUGGAAUUGGAAAAAAAUGUUUUCUAAUUAUACAAGCUAAGUUGUGUAAACAUUGAGUGUAGGUAACAAAGUUUAAAUUUAAUAUGCAAAUAAAUCUAUUUAGUAA